UAAAAACAGUGUUAGAGAACUGGCUAGUUAGCUAGGUUAGCCAGUUAGCCUAAUUGGGGCUGUGGAACUAGCCAGCUAGUUGUUGUCCAUGCUAACGUAUAAUAUAUAAGUACCGCUGUAUAUAAUCUUACAGUAUUUGUUAGCUAAGUAGAAAUGAUUUCUACGCGUAUCAAUGUUUUGCAUAUCAGAAAUACAUAAGUGCUUAAGAUUGUUUUGAUAUAUUCGGUGUCCCCAGCUAAUUCCCUCCAGUGCCCGCCCCUGUAACGCUCUCAUUGGUGGUGAUGUGAGAAACACCGGCGCGUGAGGCUUCUCAUUGGGUUGUGAGAAGCUCCUCAACCAAUCAGACAUUUGUGCGCCACUUGUUGCUAACGUUGCUGUUGAAUGCCGAUAGCGGAAGUAGGAAAGAACACUUCCUGGAUGUAGAGCAAAUAAAUAUCGUUCUGUUUCGUAUUCGGUAAACAGUGAACGGGCUUCUAGGUCGCUGGCACUGUUCAGAAAUUGAUAUCUAACCUUUUACUGGUUUCAUUGUGUGCGUGGGGGAAAUUAUACAUGUAGUAUUGUGUUUGUUUUGCCGAGUGGGAGGUUAGUCGGCAGAUGGGUUCGUGAUGGCACGAAGAGGAGGAGGCAUUAACAUUGGAGGAGCCUUCAAAGAGUAAUUGAAUCUUCAGUGGUGGGAUCUAAGCAUCUGACAGGAUAGACAUUCGCCACUAAGGACAAAGGAACCCUCAUUUCCCACCCCAUUUCCCCGUUUUCCACAAGCUAAUGUUUUAGUCAAAACACUAUAUUUUUGUAAUGGUUUCCCUACAUUUUUUAUUGAUUUAUGUAAUAUAAACCACUGACUGUAAGUGUUUCAGUCUGACCCUCUUUCUGUAGGUUUUGGGGGUUUUUUUUCUUUUUUUUUUGUUUUUAACUUUCAUUUUGUUUCCUUUGCCAAGAAAUGCUUUACUUGAAAAAGUACUUCACAGAGGGUCUGAUUCAGUUCACAAUCCUCCUGAGUCUCAUUGGGGUGCGGGUGGACGUGGACACCUAUUUAAACAGUCAGCUGCCCCCGCUCCGUGAAAUCAUCUUGGGCCCGAGCUCAGCCUACACACAGACACAGUUUCACAACCUGCGCAACACCCUGGACGGCUAUGGCAUCCAUCCGAAAAGCGUGGACCUGGACCAUUUCUUUGCCAUUCGUCGGCUGCUGAAUCAGGUGCGCUCUCUUGAUCACCUGCGCGUGCCCAGCACUGAGCUGAACGCUUGGCUGGUGCAUCGUGAUCCUGAGACUGUGGUGUCUGCAGCCAGCCAGUCCAGUCCUAGCAUUGCCCUGGACAAUGGCGGCAGCCUGGAGGACGUGAACAGCCCUGAACCCUCGGCCAUGAGAGGGGCCGGCAGCACUUCUGAGUCAACCUACAACCUUAGUGGAGAGGACAGUUUGGGUGCUGUGGCCCCUGAGGCCAACCAGGAGCAAGGCAACAGGGACAACGUUGAUGAGCUUUCGAAAGAGGACAUAGACCUUAUAGAUAUCCUCUGGAGACAGGAUAUUGACCUAGGAGCUGGACGGGAAGUGUUUAACUACAGCAGCAGGCAGAAGGAUGGUGAGGCAGAUAAACCGAAUGAGGCAAAUGAGGAUGCAGGUGUACGGGAGGAGGACUGGAGAAAUGGAAUCAAUCUGCAGGAGGGUCAGGGCAUAACUCUUGUGGAUGGAGAGACUGGAGAGAGCAUACCUGAACAGCUCUCAAGCCUUGGCACACAGACCUCAAUGUCCCUACAAGAAUGCUUAAGGCUUCUGGAGGCCACCUUCCCUUUUGGAGAAGAAUCAGAGUUCCAGGCUACAGAAGCUGCCCCUCAACUGAGAGGCCCAGCAGAAAAUGUUCCUUCGACAUCCCAGGGGCUUUCACUGCCUGCCCCUUUGCCUCAGCCUGAUGCACCUCUAGACCUGGAACAGCAAUGGCAGGACAUAAUGGCAAUCAUGGAACUGCAAGACAUGGAUGUGAAUAACACAGCAGAAAACACCAAUCUCAACAACAGCAACCUGAAUAACACGCGUACUGAAAGCAGUGAAUCGGACACAGUGACAAGUUUUGGUGUUUCACAAUCAAGUCUGAUCAACCAGGAUGUGAGCCUCCAUCAGGCAUCCCUCCCAAGCUGUAGCCAGGACCUCCCCAACCUUUUCAGCUCCGAAUUAGAUCCCUCUUCCGUGCAGCAGCCUACUCUGCUUAGGCUCUCCUCCAGCAAUUCAUCCAAUAUCAACUCAACAUUUGGAGUCACAAAUCUUACUGGGCUUUUCCUCCCACCACUCAAUAGCACCAACAACCUGACCUCUUCCCCAGUGCUUCCUGACCCCUUUGUUAGCCUGCUGGAGGAGUCCAUGCUGGAUGAAAUUAGCCUGCUAGAUCUUGCAAUGGAGGAAGGGUUCAGCCAGGCUCAAGCCUCUCAACUAGAAGAUGAGCUCGAUUCGGACUCUGGAUUGUCUUUGGAUUCUGGACACAGCCCUGUCUCUCCCAGCAAUUCUGAGACAUCUUGUUCCUCGGCUGCAUCUUCCUCCUCCACCUCAGCCACUUUCUCGGAGGAAGGUGCUGUGGGUUACAGCACAGAUUCUGAAGUGGCCACGGCAGAAGCAGAGGAGGGAGCUGUUGGAGGUUACCAGCCCGAAUAUAGCAAGCUGUGCCGCAUGAGCUAUCAAGAUCCCGCUCAUUUUCAUAACCUGCCACAGCUGGACAGCAUCAAUCACAACCACACCUACAACCUGCCACUGGCCUCCUCAUACCCUGAGCAGCCCCAGCUGAUUGGAUCCUGCAGUAAAAAGUGCAGAGACAAGCACCUACAACAAACCAAGAUUCACUCACCACGAGAGUUCAUCGACAAGCAGUCGAGCCGCGAUGAACGUCGGGCCAGAGCCAUGAAAAUCCCAUUUUCCAACGAUAAAAUUGUCAACCUUCCUGUUGAAGAGUUCAACGAGCUUCUGUCCAAACACCAUCUCAGCGAGGCUCAGCUUUCCCUCAUCCGUGAUAUCCGCAGGCGUGGCAAAAACAAAAUGGCCGCGCAGAACUGCCGCAAACGCAAACUAGACACCAUCAUCAACCUUGAGCAAGGCGUGCAGGACCUGCGGCGCGACAAAGCGCGUCUGCUGAAGGAGAAGAUGGAGUGCCUACGUUGUAUCAGGCAAAUGAAGCAGAAGGUGCAGGUCCUUUAUCAGGAAGUGUUCAGCCAGCUACGUGACGAAGAAGGCAGGCCUUAUCCUGCUAGCGAGUAUUGCCUGCAGUACAGUGCUGAUGGUAGCGUGCUCGUUACACCACGAAGCAUGACUCUUGAGCAAAGCCGGAAGCCUGACAAGAAACCGAAGGACAAAAAGAAGUGAGGACCUGCUCCUUUCUUUUGCUGCCAAGGCUCCACCACAAAAAAAUUACUAUAAGGUGUAAGUAAAUGCUGUUUUUUUUCCUUUGAGAAGAUUCUAGCAAGGAAAAGAAAAUUGCACUGUCAGUGUUGUUCCUGCAUUAGGUUUUCUCCUUUUUUUUCUAUCUUUGGUUCAAACGUUUUCUCCAGAAAAUAUGAAGCAGAAUUGCUUUUUAAAGUACCGGGUUUCUGUUGUUUUACUUGGAGUAUGACCAGAAUGAUGAAUUGACUGAAUCUAAGAAGAGUAAAAGAGGCAAACCGCAGCUGUGGAGACACUGACUAAUCUGAGAAUAAAUUGAGGAAUUGACCUUAAUUUCCAUCAAGAUCCCAAAAACAAAAUGAAUGCAAGGCUAGCUGAUUAUCAGCUUGGAAAGGUCAUUAGACUCUUUAGUAUUGGCUUCUGGGGGAGUGUGAAUACCCUGCUGGUAGUCCUUUAGUGUUGAAGAAGAAGGCCCUUCUUUCUGAAGAUGGUGAAGAAGUCAUCGGAUGAUGGAAGAUGUUGGAACUUUUGUGUCGAGAAAACAAAUGCAAAAGAAAGCAUACCCUUAGUAACCGAUGGUUGUGCGUUUCUUUUGUUUCCAGUUCCAUCACAGUGGUCACUCGUGUACCUACACCAACGUGAUUUCAAUGACAUAACAACGAGGAAAAGACCAAUUUCCUUUGGACAGUUACAUAUGAAACCUGACAGAAGUUUCUCUGGGUAUUAAAUGCCACUUGCCAUGGAAUUAGGAAAAGUUGGACAAAGUAGAGUGGUUAAGAACGAGUUUGAGGUAAUGCUUGAGGCUGGAACGAAUGAGAUGAAAAUGAAAUGCCGAGUAAAGAUGCACACUGCAUUACUAAUAAAUCAGCUUCUGUGCUCUGCUCACUGCUGUAAAUCAUCUCUGUCGCUUGGCUGUAAGCUCUCAGUCUUUAGCAGUCGUUUCUCUUCUUGCAGGCUUAAAGGUGAGAAAUUCCUCUUUGAACCUUUCCAUAGUUUUCCUCCCAUGUGCACAAACGUCUACAUAAGCUGCAGGUCUGAUUUUGUUUCUCCUGAAUUCUGUCGAGCGUUUCGCUGCUUAAAACUGGACCUUCUUUAAAAAAAAAAAAAAAAAAACAGGAAAAAAGAUCAAAACAACAACCAAAAAAACUGUAAAGAGUUGUUGCGUUAAAUUUCAGCUCAUCACCUGCUUUUUAGAGUUACGUUCUGACUUUAUUACCGGACUGCUAUGUUGUUCAAGCAACAGGCACAAAGUACAAUUCUCACUCAGACACUUUCUUUUAGUUGCAGUCAUUUUUUGUAAUGCUCUUUUUCUGUUCGUUUAGGACAUGAACAGUGAACAAGAUACACUGACAUAUUGAGAAUAUUGGCUUAAUGUUCACAUCAUUAGAGCAUAGUUCAGUAGCAGUUCCUUUUUGGAUGAACCAAUGUGUAAAAGUUUGACGUGAACAUCACAUUUUUUCAUUAAUGUUUUUUUUUUCUCUCUCUCGUACUUGUGGAACGUCCCCUGUUAAACAGACAAAUUUCUGAACACUACCAUGUUCCUGUUUUAAUCAAUAAAACUACCUGGAGAUCUGAAAAGCUGCUUGGCAUGUACCACAGUGGAAUCGGAUCAUGUUUAGAUGCAACAUAAAUGUUGCUUUAGAUCUGUUCAGAGGACUACCAUGUGUGUGAAAUUUAACAUCUUUAAAAUUGAGAUUUCGCACUAAUAAGAGAGCUUUAAUCUUCACCAGAUAUAUACAUCUUCAUAGUUUAUUUCCUUCUACCGGUUUCCAUCGCUCACAUCUACACCGCACGCAUACAGAGUCGCAUGUCCUGUCGAAAAUAGUAUGUAAAGAUAGCAAUUAUAUCAUACUUUUAUGAAUUGAAAAUUCACAGAAUUGUUCAUUUGCAACUAUGAUUAUAAGCUUGUGUUACAAGUGGCACCCUCAUAUCCAACGACAAGUCCUAAUUUAUAUCUUUACAUGUCUUGUUCUUGUGAUUUCCAGUCACAAUUUAUGUCGAGUUAUUAAGCUAGAAGUUGUUUUAACAGCUUUUGUACUACGUUUGCAUUAUUGGCACUCAAUUCAAUCUUAUUGCUGUAACAGUGUAAGGGGUAAAAUCUAACCAGAGAGCUAUGGGGGAUGGCCUCAGACAAACAAACAUUUAAAGUUAUCAAGCAGUUCACCUAGGUCACGGGUCUUUAAAUAUAUCCACAAUGUGUCAGCGUGGUUGGGCCGCAAGGUUUUCGUUCCAGCCAAAUAGGAGCCACACUUGGUAGUCGUUUGAAAUCCAAGAUCAGUUGAAGUAAAGUGUUGUUUGUAAGCGGUAUUAAAAACAGCCACAAUGACUCUUCACAGAUAUGAUUGAAGACCACUGGCCUUCAAAUCACAUUCUUGAAGAAGGUUACAAACUGGCAAAUCUAUGCACAUAAAGCAGUAUUCUGUAAACCCAUGAAGUAGUGUGCAAGUUUGAACUGAAUGUUAUAAGUAUUUGAAAAUGGCCACAAGGAACAUACGUUAAGAAUUUGUUAAAAGUUGACUGAAUUUGCAAUUCAUAAAAAGUCGAUUUGUCAGGAAAUGUAUUCUGUGUGGUUGUUGCAAUAUGCAAGGAGAAAAAAAGUCACUAUUAUCUUGAAGAGACAACUUCUAUGAUAUUUAAUAGGUAUGGAGUUGACCAAGUUAAUUAUUUAAACAACAACAAAAAAGAUGAGGCAUGGAAAUUAUGCUUAAAAUAGUUUAAGUUCCUGGUCUUAUGCAGUCACUACUUGUCAUGCACUGAUUUAUUUUAAUUUUUUGUGUCUUGUUUGUUUUGUACAUAUGUUUAUGUUGUUUGUUCUGAUUUAAAGAUAUUUUGGCUCUCUGUAUUUUACGAGGUCUUCUGACUCUGACUGUUUUGAUUUUGAUUCACUUCCUGUUAGUUUAUUUUGAAAGAUUUGCUGGCAAUCUGGGAAUUGUUCUUUUGUUGGUUAAUAAACGUUGUUUUUUGAUUUUUUUUUUUUU